AUGGCUCGUUUAACAAUUCAACGUUGGUUUUUUCGUUCGUAUCGUUUUCAUUGUACAACUUUUAUAAAAUGCAUUCUAUGUCUAAUUAUAUUAUAUCUAUUAAAUGUUACAUUUGGCGUGCAAUAUUAUAUAUGGACGGAAAGAUCCUUCGAGAAUGAAUAUCAUUUACGAAUGACACAUAUUGAUAUAACAAAACUCGAUGAAGAAAAUCCUGAAAACGUUUUAGGCGUACCGAAAUAUAUAGUUUCGAAUACGUUUAUUAUUAAUAAUGAAUAUUUAUGUAAUAAUGGAGAUUCAGAAACAGUAAAUAAUCCACAUCUAUUGAUCCUAGUCAAAUCAGCAGUUGAGAAUUGGACAGCAAGACAAGCAAUACGAAUGACAUGGGCAAAGAAAGAAUUCUUAGAAAAAAAUAACAUUAAAUUAGCUUUUGUUUUAGGAACUCUUAGAUCAAAAACAAUUUCUUCAAGUGCAAACGAACAGAAUUUCAGCGUAGAAAAAGAAUCCCAAUAUUAUAAAGAUAUUAUUCAAAUUGAUAAAGUUGAUUUUUAUUAUCAUAAUUCAUAUAAAAUGGCAAUGAUGCUUCGUUGGAUCAGUCAAUACUGUUCAUCUAAAUCUCGUGAUUUACCCUAUAAUGAUCUUCGAAAAUAUGUUUUAUUUGUUGAUGAUGAUUAUUUUAUUGAUUUAACAUCUUUAUUAAUAUAUAUAAAUAAAAUUGAUGAAGAUCCUCAUAUGACAUCAUAUGAAAGACAAACAUUUUUAACUGGUUAUGUUUACCAAGGAUCACGUCCACGUCGAUUUUUAAAUGAUCGGUGGUAUAUAUCAAUAAAUGAUUAUCCAUAUGAUCAUUAUCCCCCAUACGUAACAGCUGGGUGUUUUUUAAUGACAAGAUCUAAUGCACGCCUAUUUAAUAUAGCAUCAAAAUAUACUCCUUUAUUUCGUUUCGAUGAUAUUUAUAUGGGACUUUUAGCUUAUUCCAUGUCAAUUAAAUUAAUUCCAAAUAAUGAUUUAUUUUCAUCAUAUGGUUCAUCAUCAAUUUUAUUAACUAAUCAAACGGGAAUUUUAUCAAGAUUGAAAAGCUUUUUCACUAAUUCAAUUAAUUUAAACUCAACCAACAAACCUAUUUGCAUUCAUGGAUAUCGUGGCAAAGAAUUAAUUCAGAUUUGGAAUGAUAUUUAUCAAACGAAUCUAACACUUUCAGUAAUUAAUUGA